CGCGUAUCCCGUCCGACUCGUAAUGAUUCACGCAACCUAGUACACAAGAAUGAUCGAAGGUCUCCGAGGCAAUUUCCAACAAGACACAAGCUAAACUCUCAACAACAACUUCUGACACUAGACCGCACUCCUCAUGGGAAAACACAAAAUCCACCGAAAUGCGCCUUGGAAGAGAGAUACUCUCCUGCUGGCGUGUAUUCUUCGUCUCCGAGUUCAGCCGUCUGUUCCCUACCCUAUCAUUGCCUCCUUUCUCGUCCACGGUUUUCCAGACAUUAUUCAGAAGCUAGCAAAGAAAGUAGCACCACGAGACCUCCGUCCAAAACUAGCUGAAGAUCGAGAUGCCCUGCUAGGAUGGUUGGAAAGUUAUCUUGAAGAAAGGUACAACUUAGCAGAAGACUGGUGCUCGAAACCAUGGCAAGCGGCAAGAGACUGGGAAUCAGACGCUGUGCUGGAUAUCUUGGAUGCUUUAGGGCUGGAGAAGAUGGAGUAUGGGGUAAAGGAGGAGGAGGAUAUGAGAUUGUUGAUGGAGCGGAGAAACCAAGCAGAUUGGAAAGCAGGGAGUGAACCACUUGGGUCGCCCGAAAGAGGAGCGACAGGUAAAGGAAUCACCGAGAGGCAACCUGCGUCACAGGAUAAGAUAAAUGAAGGAGGUGAUGGCUUGAAGAGUCGUAGGCGUGAGUUUUGGGCUCUCCAGAAACCUCCAGUUGUGCCUCUUCCCGAAGCUUUCGACGAUGAAGGACGAACAUCAGAUCGAACUUUCGGUUCGGAUCUCUUUUGUACCCAGAAGACUGAUCAGGAUGUAUUAGACAUCCCUAAUACAUAUGUCAGCGAAGUACAAGCUUCAUGGGACUCUAGAAUUGGUGGAGAGAGAGAAGCGGCCUUGAACCAAGAGCGCGAGACCAUGGACGUUCCGCUACAGAAAAUUUCUGCCGAACAAAACCAUGGUUACGUGAGCACCUCGAAUGAAACAAGGCCUGUCGCAGUAGAGCUUACAGCUGAGGCAAAACGAUGGAAAGAGCAUCAGCAGAGGGUAGGAAGCCUCCUCCAAAGGCUAGAUGCCGUGCAGCAGAAGUACAGCCAAGACCCGGAAAGCUUGCACUACAAGCGCGAGACACAGCAACAGCAGCAGGAACCAGAUUAUUACACACCAACCCAGAGGCAUCCGUCACAGCUGGAACUGCCUCGGAUCCAGACAAGUUUUGAUCAACAGCUUGAAGACAUAGAAAAUCUCGAACAAUUGAUUCAUGAGCAUAAAAUCACGGCAGACGUAUCCUCGCCAACUUUCACCUUGCCAUACCGUCAAAAAGCCAAAAAGGGGCGAACGUUAUCCGAGGUUAUGGGGUAUGGAGGAGACUCCCACUGGGUUGAAAUGGGGAAUCCAAAGUGAAGUGAUAAGGAUGAUUAUAUUUGGUUUUGCAUGGCUUUUUAUUCCUUUAUGGUUGAGUAGUCGAGCCCGUGAUGUCUGACGAUAGUUGAGAUAUUAUCCCAGACGGGAAUGAUCCAUAGACAGAAUUAUCUGCCAGAUUAUCGUUGACUUGGCAUGAAGUUAUUAUCAAAUUCUACCGACAGCUAAAUCAAUCUGUGAUGAAACGUAGCGUAGUAGUGACCAACGAAGUGCGGGCGUCUCCGUAGACUACGAUCUCUAGCCGCCGACGAGAAUAGCAGUGCAAUAUGCUUCGCCACACCACGACUGGCCAAUCAGAACAAGCACAUUAUCGCAUUAAUUGACGAAAAAGGGGUAACUCGCGUCUAUGGUGUCAUUGACUGGGAUUUUGAGCAUCAAACACAGUCGAAU